AUGGCACUGGUGACUCUCACUUCCAGUCCGAGCACCUCGAGUACAAGCCUCGCGGGGAUAAGAGAUGAAGGGAGAGUGACAAUCCAAGGACUAGCCACCUUCACUUCCAAAGGGAAUAGACCCAGGCAGCAGCGCGGCAUCCCCUUAUGCUGGUGGGGAAAUAUACCAGCUAAGGCUCAUUCAGCUGUUGUGACUCCUCACAACAGAAUCCGGUUUGCUCUCGACUUCGUCUGCUACAACGAUGACAUUGCGUUUCGUUUUAACCCACGAUUUGAAGAGGGAAAAGUCGUAUGCAACACAAUGCAGAAUAAGAUUUGGGGCUCCGAGGAGAGAAAGCAUAAUAUGCCAUUCCAGCUGAACACCAAAUUCGAAAUAGUUGUCCUGGUGAUGGCACAUGCUUUUCAGGUUUCUGUAAAUGGACAGCACCUACUAGAAUAUCGUCAUCGUGUCCCCUAUGAAAACAUCCAGUCCCUUGAAGUCACCGGAGACCUCCUUUAUAGCGCUGUCAGCUAUAGUAGCUCUGGACCAAGUGUGUCUGCAUCAUCUGGCUCUAGGGUAGUUGUGAAUCAAAAUUUGGUUUCAGUACAGAUGGGACCAAGUGUGGCUGUAUCAUCUGGCUCUGGAGCUGUCGUGCCACAGAAAGCCCCCAUAACUGUGUACAACCCGGUAAUGCCAUUUCAAGCUGCUCUUCCGACAAACUUUGACAUAAAUGGAAAAAUCAUCAUCAUGGGAAAUACUGCUCAUGGGGCUGACAGGUUCCAUGUGAAUCUUUUAAACAGGCUAACAAGGAAUAUUCACCUUCAAGUCAAUCCUCGUUUCCGAGAAGGAGCAAUAGUAAGAAACACUCAAGACAGAGGCAAAUGGGGACCUGAGGAAAGACAGAUCUCCUACAUGCCAUUCCAGGCUGGGCAAAGCUUUCUGCUGGAAAUCAGGAACGAGGGAGGCUCUUUCGGGGUCUAUUCAACUGGAACAAAACUAUUCAACUAUGUCCACCGCCUUCCUUUCAACCAAAUUGACAUGAUUGAAGUUGGAGGAGAUAUCACCUUGACAUUUGUCCAGUAUUAACCUUACACAAUAUACAAGAAUCGGUGCCAAAAGAAGCUUAAACCAGACACAUCAUUGUCUUCAAAUUAAGUACAAACCCAAGUCAGCGGAAGACACUAGGGCAUCUUGGUUCCAGUAGGCUUACAUUUCAGACAUCAAGGGUCUUCUUUGAUAUCAGCUAACAUCGUCCUGUUUACACUUAUAUGUGGUCAUGAAUGCUUUCCCUAUCCUUAUUUAGCAUUUCAACUUUGUAAGUCGCCAGAGUAAUGUUGUUGUUCUUCAUAGUCAUUUAUUUAAAGGACUUUAAACCAGGGUGGAUAAAAAAUCAAUGAUUUAAAAAUAAAAUAAAAAAAAAAUAAAGAUUUUUUUUAUUUAAAUCGGAUUUUUUGGAUUU